AUGGACGCCGAAAACCAGCAACAGAAAAGCCAGGCUCCUCAAACCCAAUCGGAGCCUGAAAGUGCCAUCUCUCAGCAACCUCUUCGAAAAGACGUCGAAUUACCUGAUAAUGUGCUGAACUCCCUCUUUCACAGGCUGCCCGUGAAUCAAUGGAUGCCAGCGGCGUCAGCAACCGAGUCGGUCUCCGAGGCGGUGGUGAAGGCGAGGACAUUUGCUGUGGUGCGCCGGAUUUUUGUGCUUCGAAUGCUGCAAGGAUUGCUGCUAGAGGGGGUCACAACACCACAGAAGCAGUCGGACUGCGGACCAAUGCGUGUCUACGAGCGCGAUGAGUACACGGGAGACUGA